GUGGCUGCCGCUGGGCGGGGCGCCCCAGCUUCUGCUCCCGCCGGCUCCGCGUGCACGCGGGCGGCGCCUCCUCCUCAGGUAAAUGGAAGAGCUGGAGAACACUUUCUCCCAGACUCGGAAAGCACACAGAAUAGAGCAGAUGGUGGCAAGGUGGCUUCGGCGUUCCCGGGACAGCUCAGCUCGGGCUAAAGUUGCUGCAGCUGAAGGGCCACCCGGGAACCCGGCCCAGGUACUCACGCCAGUGAGGCACACAGUAACACUAGACAAAGAUGUCCUCCUCCAGAACUAUGGAUUCCACAUUUCUGAGACUCCUCCCCUCACAGUGGUGGCUGUCACAGCAGGCAGCUCUGCUCACGGCAAGCUUUUCCCUGGUGAUCAAAUUCUCCAAAUGAACAAUGAGCCGGCUGAAGACCUUUCCUGUGAGCGAGCGGCCGAUAUUCUCAGGGAAACCGAAGAUGCUCUUUCAAUUACAGUUGUCCGCUGCACAUCGGGAGUCCCCAAGUCAUCCUUCUUGACUGAAGAGAAGAGGGCCCGGCUGAAGACCAACCCUGUGAAGGUGCACUUUGCUGAGGAAGUGCUGGUCAGUGGGCACAGUCAGGGGAACUCUCUGCUUUGUAUGCCCAACGUGCUCAAGGUGUACCUGGAGAACGGACAGACCAAAGCUUUCAAGUUUGAGGCAAACACGACUGUGAAGGACAUCAUCCUCACGGUGAAGGAGAAGCUGUCCAUCCGAAGUAUCGAGUACUUUGCGCUGGCCCUGGAGGAGCAGUACAGCAUCUCCCGCCUCCACCUUCUGCACGAGGAGGAGCUCAUCCAGCAGGUGGUGGAAAGGGAAGAAUCCCAGGACUCCCGCUGCCUCUUCAGGGUGUGCUUUGUUCCCAAGGAUCCUCUGGACCUGCUGAAAGAAGACCCCGUGGCCUUUGAAUAUCUCUACCUACAGAGCUGCAGUGAUGUCCUCCAGGAGCGCUUUGCUGUGGAGAUGAAGUGCAACUCUGCCCUCCGGCUUGCAGCCCUGCACAUCCAGGAGCGGAUCUAUGCCUGUGCCCAGCCACAGAAGAUCUCUUUGAAGUACAUAGAGAAAGACUGGGGAAUAGAGAAUUUUAUAUCUCCAACUUUACUCCGAAAUAUGAAAGGCAAAGACAUCAAGAAAGCCAUUAGCUUCCACAUGAAGAGAAACCAGAAUUUGCUAGAACCCCGGCAGAAGCAACUUAUUUCUGCUGCUCAGCUACGAUUAAAUUAUCUUCAGAUCCUUGGAGAACUCAAGACAUAUGGUGGGAAAGUCUUCAAUGCUACUUUGAUGCUCCAGGAUAGAGAAUCCUACAUUGCCCUUCUGGUUGGGGCCAAGUACGGGAUCAGCCAGAUGAUCAACAGCAAACUCAACAUCAUGUCCACACUGGCAGAGUUUGCCAACAUCAGCCGGGUGGAGCUGACAGAAGAGUCCGAGAAAGUGAGCAUGGUCAAGGUCUACCUGCAGGACGUUAAGGUUCUGACUUUGUUGCUGGAAUCCAGCAGUGCAAAAGACCUGGCCUGCUUGAUCGCUGGGUACUACAGGCUGUUUGUGGACCCGGCCAACCCUGUCUUCCUCUGGUCUGGAAACAGACAGCAGACUCACCGGGUGUCUGCUGAAGAAGGCUAUGAGUCCAGGGCCUGCAGCGACUCAGAGGAGUCCUCUGAGGUGGACUGUGUCCUGGAGCCCCUUUCUGACCGAUGCCUGGUGAAGCUGAGCCUCUGCAGACCAUUUGGUAGAGAAGAACAGCCCCCUGGAGACAGCCCCACCCCCGAGGUGACCAGGAGAGGCCCAGGCACCUGCGGGGCCAGCAGCACAACCGACAGUGCUGAAUCUGAGGCAUCAGACUCAGCCAACACCGAGAGCCGGGGCUGCAGGACCAGCGGGUCUAGUGAGUCCAUGGACGCCCUGGAGGAGGACGACUUAGAUGCGUGCUCCUCCAGCAGGGCCAGCUUCUUCCACUUUGGCCCACCAGGCUUCUCCAAGGGCCUUGAUACCGACAGCCAAGAAGAAAACAGCAGGGUGGAGACCAGUGGUUUUCUGUGUUUGCUGGACCUGGCCCAGAAUGCCAAUCCGCGGUGCCAGAAGGUAGAAGGUCCCCAGGACCUUGCUUCGGAGGCCUGCAGCUGGGCACCAGAACUAAGCAUGGGCAGGCUAGACCCCAGGUUGUAUGAGGGCAGCCAGACUGACUACUAUAGCCUGUGUUCCAGCGUCUCCCCAGGCAGCCACCUGAGUGACUCUGGCUCAGAGAGCGCAGCUUCCCGGCAGGGAGCCGCACCACCACCAUGGUGCCAGCAGGGCUGGAUGGAGGCCCAGCCUGGCUCCAUGCUGGAAACCCUGGCCCUGCCCGCACUGCCCCCGCUGGCCUUUGAGGAUGGCAGCUCAGAUGAGGAAUACUACGAUGCAGCCGACAAACUCACGCCACCAGACACACUCUCAGGACCCAGAGCUGCCGAUCCUAGUGCCAUGAGAUUGCACAGUCAGCCUAGAGCCCAUGGCUCCGAGGAAAGCCUGCAUCUGGGCCCAGACGGAGGAGAGCCAAGCAGGCGGGGAGGGGUGAAGAAGUAUGCCAAGUCCCUGAGGAAGAGAAGGUCCUUCCUACAGACGGAUCACACCUCCCAGGUCUCCUUCCCCAUGGAGCCGUCUGCCCAAGAGAACAUGGAGGAUGUGUGCUACUAUGAUAGAGAGCCCUACCUGACCCUCGCUGCCCCCUCCCCAACUGUGUCCUCCCUGCAGGACAUGCAAAGUGAGCCAGGCCUCCUGGAGACCAAGGCCUUGGGGUUGCUGGCUUCCUUAAGGGAGACAAAGAACAAAAAUCCAGCCUCCAGGAUCAUGGAGAUGGAGCCAGAGACCAUGGAAACCAAGUCAGUCAUUGAUUCCCGAGUGUCUUCUAUCUCUGCCAUUCGCCUCCGAAUUGACCCUAGCAACACAGGGCAUCCUGAGGCUAGUCCCUUGGCUGUCACCACUGAUGGCUCCUCAGCAAGUAGCCCUCACAAUCCCCAGCAUUCCAACCCAGGCUCUUCCAGUCCACAGGCUGCUCAGGUCAGACCUUUUCAAACCGUAGCGCCUGGUCAAGACCCAGGUGGUACCAUUCCCAAAGAACUCACGGCACAGCCUGAGGACAGCACCUACCCUCUCUCUAGUGCUGACCCUAAUCCAGACAGCCCAGGGCCACACCACGUUCCUCAAGGAGACACUUCAGAGCUAGAAGAGGUGCGAUCAGAAAUGGGGUCGGGAUCUUUAGUAAUAAAUCACAUACAAGAAGAUACUCCCCAAAUCACAGGAUCCUCGUGUCCUGGAGAUGGGCCUAUCAGUGGUGACUGUGAAGUGAAUUUGGAAGAUAUGGCCUUGGCUGCAAAUGAGGUGCGACAAGGACAGUUGUCCUUGGACAGUGACAGUGAAGUUACGCACAUAGAUGGCCAUAGCCUAUUCCAGGAGGGAGUUGGGGAGGACUUGGGCGAUUUCAAGGGGGACAGGUUGGAUACUGUUCCACAGACCCCUGAUGUAGAUGUUAGUGCUCCAGCUGGUGAAAUCAGCAGCUCCCUCUGCUCAGAGCCUCCUGCCACAGGGCAGAUCUCACCCGGCUCUGGAGGGGAAAACAGAGAUGCCCAGGAACAGGAGCUCUUGACAGAACUGGACUUGGGCCCUGAAUUCUUACUUGGGGAGCAGUCAGCCAUCCCUCUAGAGCCAGUCAAGGCAGAGCAGCUCGACCGUGUGAUGGAGGAAGGCUUAGUCCCUGGGGACACGUCUCAGCAGGUCUGUGUCCAUACAGUACCGUCCCUGCCAAAGCUUUCGCCCUGUGGAGAAGAGCCCCGCUCUGCAGAUUCGGGCCAUGGCUCACCAGCAGAAAGCAAAGGCGACAGUCCUAUCAUCUGCCUCCCGCCUGAGAGGUCUUUCCUGUGCUUUGCCCCUGAGAGCCAUCCUGAGGGCUCAACCAGUCUCAGCAGGUUCACCUCCUUCGGUUUCACUGGCAUAAACGAAGUGGCACCUGCCGGGAUUGGCAUAGAGCAUUGCAGAUGUCAGUUUUCCUACACCACAUGCUUCCGUGGCCUGCAGCCUGAGACGGAAGAAGAAGACGGGGACCCACAGACACACCCUGCUGCCCCCCUCACUUCACCACCCUCUGCAGGAAGCCAGGUGACUCUGCCCUGGAGGGCAGCCCGUGCCUAUAGCUGCACCACACCCCUAUCCAGGAAAAGCCACAUCUGGCCAGAGUACUGCUCCAGGGCUCUGAGACAGCUGAAAACUGCCCCCGCAAAUGCCCCCGAGGGCUUUGUCCAACUCACAGAGAGCCUGCUGGAGCUACAGGACAUUUUAGAAGCUUCCUGGGGGGUUGGAAACAAACACCCCCCUGACAAGUGCACUUGGCACUUUUCAGAAAGCCGAAGCCGCCUCUGCAUGGGCUCACAGAAGCUCCUCUCCAGCUGUCAACACGUGAUCAGAAUGGACCAAUCCCCCGAGGAGAUGCAGGGUGCCCUGCGGGUCACUUUCCAGCACCUGGUCCAGCUAGCCGGCCUCUGCUUCCAGUUCACAGACUGUAGCCGCUGCUCCACCCGGCACAGGGAAGUGGCUGGGAACCUGAGGGACGUAGUGUACACCUACCACCAAUUUGUGGAGGCUGCGAAACUAACCUGUGAGAGAGGCUACCAUGACCUCAGCGUGAAGCUCUUGGCCCGCCAGUGCACGGCCCUCACAGCUGCUGUGUUCUGUUUGACCCAGAAGUUCCGGGCAUCCACUGCUCUGUGACAAGGUCACCGGCCCAGGGCCCCUCUCCAAGGAGCCUCAUCUUGUUCACCCACCCCUUCCAAUGUUUACUACAUAGAGUAUUCAAAUAAACUGCUGCUUAAUCUUGUCUUGUACUGCCUUUCCU